UUAGAAGAAAAGUGAUUGGUAGCACAUGCUUUUAAAACGAACAGAACUAAUUGUUACAUACGUUAAUAACAGAGAUAAUAUUCUGAUUUAAUUUGUGUUUUUGAGUACAGAAUUACAAUUUUGGCAACUAUAAUAACAAUAAUAGGAAUCCUUAAUAAUGUUGUCCUUGAAAGAUGAUGAUAUAGUAGUGUGUCCAUACAAUCCAGCGCAUCGGUUGUUACGGAAACGGUUGCAACCUCAUCUCAUAAAGUGUCGUGAAAAUUAUCCACAACUUGAGCUUCAAAUAUGUCCAUUUAAUAAUACUCAUCAUAUACCUGAACCAGAAUUCUGUCUUCAUGUUACAAAUUGUCCGGAUCGAAAACUCAUAACACAAUAUAAAUACGAUGCACCAGAACCAAAAGAAGAAGAACGUGUUUCUCAUGCACCGAUUGAAUGCGAAGAAAAUUGGGAUGAUACAGAAGUUGAUGAUUACGAUCCUCAGAAAUUCAUAAAGGAAAAAGAGGUUCUACGCCAACCCAUGGGAAUUGCUCCAGCAGAACGAAAAGAGUUUAUUAAAACAGAACGUAAACGUUUGGGCGAUGAAGAGAGUUACAGUGAAAGUGACGAUGAUUAUAAAGACGAGGUGAGAAAAGGAAAUUCAAUAGCUGAUAUUACUAAAAAAGAUGAGAAUGAAGAAUUCAGUUCAAUAAAGCGGAUACGCUCCAUUUCACCGUCACCUCCGCGUCAGAGGGAACGAUCACGAAGUCGAUCGCCACAAUCUUCUGCUUACUACGGACGACCUCAUGUACGCGGUUCGCAUGUACCACCUCCUCAAAUACCACCGCGAAUUUCUUUUGCAUCUAGUGACAACCGAUAUUCCAACGACCAUAUCCAGCCAUUGCCAGGAGCAUAUGACAUUGAUGACGAUCCUUAUUAUAAUAGCGGCAAUAAUUCCUCUUUUCAGAUAGGCAAUUACAGCAGUAGUAACAGCAGCCACAAUCCGCCUUUUGUCGCUUAUCCCACUCGCUUACCAUGUUAUAAUAAUAACAAUGGUGCCUCUUAUCAGAUAAGCAAUUACAACAGUAGUAACAGCAGCCACAAUCCUCGUCUUAUCGCUUAUCCUACUCGCAUGCCAUCUUAUGGGCGUGGUGCUUACCGUGGGUACAAUAAUGUCCGCGGAAAUUCGUCACGUUAUAAUGAUCGUUAUUAAAUUUAUACCUGUAUAUAGUCUAAUUCGUGUAGACUGACGAGUAUUUACUAUACAAUAUUUUAAAUAUUUUUCUUUAAAAAAUUCUGUCAGAUGGGUGUAUAACGUAAUGCCGACAAUCAGAAUCUCGAAAUUUAGAAUCCCGACAGUCAAAAUACCGACAAAUCGAAACACCGACAAAUCAAAACACUGACAAAUCAAAAUACCGACAAAUCGAAACAUCGACAAACCACAAUACCGACAAAUCAAGAAAAGGUGGCGUUGUUCGUCCGAGGCCCUGCGGCCUCCGGCCACGAACACGCUCAGGAUCAUAACCCUUAGUCGGCAGAAUUCUCUUUCUGUGCUUCGAUAGAAAUAAGGGUAGGCAAGGUAAAAUAUUUUUCACAUGUCGGCAUUUUGGUUUGUCGGUAUUUUGAUUUUUCGGUGUUCUGAUUUGUCGGUGUUCUGAUUUGUCGGUGUUU